AUGGCAGUAAUUCGAAAAGAGGUCAAGGUUAAACUGUCGUGCCAACGGAAAGGUCAAGUAAUCUGUCAAGUCUUUGUGCUUUUUGGUGCUUUGAUUGGUGAUAUAGAAACAGGGCACCGGUUGAUAGCAGAGAUUCUAGUCCCUUUUGCUGCGGUUCUUCUUUCCCUGGCGCCUUACUGUCACGCAGAUGCCUCCAUCCCACUUGGCAAAGGCCUCGGAGUGUACAGCACGGAUCUCUUCUCAAGUAACCUCCCUGAAGAUGGCACCACUGUCUUAGACCUCGACCCUGCGUGCAUCAAAGAAAACCCCAUCGACAAGGAUCAGUAUAAUGAUCAAUAUUACUCGUCCACCAAACAGGUCUACGAGGACCUGGGCGGCGCCAUGGGCUUGGAAUAUGACCUACUGGCAGACUACACCUUGAAGAAGUCCCUGGGGGCCCUUACAGGCAUCGACUCCAGUAAACCGGUUACAGGCUACGCCAUUACCCUGGGCUAUCACACCAAGGAUCGCUCUAUCUCAAGCGAGUGCUUGGUUGAGCCAAAGUUCACGGCGGACCUACUAGGGAGAUUCAAAGCCUUGCCGUCGACGGUCCCCAAGCCGUACAAAUCAGUUUCCUGGACCGAGUACGAGGACUUUGUCAAGAGGUUCGGCACACACGUGGUAACGUCGGCACUUCUUGGCUCGUUCAUUUGUCAGUACGCAUUCGCAAGGGGCGACAAAAGGUACAGCAUGGAUGAUCUAAAGGUGAAGGCUUGCGCAUUGUUUUCCAAGGACCCGGAUGGUAUCCCUGCAUGCCGGAGGGUCACGGAGGACCAGCUUGGCAAGGUGAAUGGUAUGGAGAUGAAUAGCAAGACCGUGAUCCGCGGAGGAACUGUCGACACGCGCAGCAAACUCUUGUUCAGCCGAACCAAGGAACUCUUAGAAACGUUCAAGUCAGAAGCAAAGAACUCCACGUCUCCCAUUUCUUAUAUCCUCUCCCCCUUAUGGCGAUUGCUAAAGAUGAAGUUUCAUGGCACUAAACAUUACGCCAAGGCCAAAAACCUGGAAGAAUUCUACAAAGGAAUGCUUAACUUUGGCUGUCCUUACAAGGAAAUUGGCGGGAAAGAGAUGCAGGUGUUCGAGAAGACUCCGCAAAGCCCCGACAGUAACCCGACGUACCAAUGCAAGCUAAGACAGCAAGGGUGCCUCGCGGACAAAGACUGCCACUAUGUUCCUCUACUCUCCUGCUCUUGUAAUGGUCCCACGUGCAUCGAGCACAAGACAGUGGAGCGUGGAGACGGCACGGUCAGGAAGGAGCCGUACGCGUGGCAUAACAAGAGGGAUGAGGCGAGGGGAUGUAGCUACUCCAUGUUCCUGCCAGGCUGCGCGUGCAAGACCAAGGCUGGGUUUGACGUCAUCUGGUACAACAACAAGAAACACGACUACGCGUAACUGGGAUUUUUGUACGUGACCUCGUGUGCGUGACCUUCUUAACGUGACAUCGUGUUGUGACCUCAUUUUCUGACCUUUUGUACGUGACAGCGUGUCGUGACUUCAUCUUCGAGACUUUUGUAUGUGACAGCGUGUCGUGACCUCAUCUUCUAGCCUUUUGUACGUGACCUCAUCUUCUAGCCUUUUGUACGUGACAUCGUGUUGUGACCUCUUUUCCUGACCUUUUGUACGUGACAGCGUGUCGUGACCUCAUCUUCUAGCCUUUUGUACGUGACAUCGUGUUGUGACCUCUUUUCCUGACCUUUUGUACGUGACAGCGUGUCGUGACCUCAUCUUCUGGCCUUUUGUACGUGAAAGCGUGUCGUGACCUCGUCUUCUGGCCUUUUGUACGUGAAAGCGUGUCGUGACCUCAUCUUCUAGCCUUUUGUACGCGAAAGCGUGUCGUGACCUCGUCUUCUGGCCUUUUGUACGUGAAAGCGUGUCGUGACCUCAUCUUCUGGCCUUUUGUACGUGAAAGCGUGUCGUGACCUCAUCUUCUAGCCUUUUGUACGUGAAAUCGUAAACAUAAUGCACGUGAAUUUUCGUACGUGGAGUUUUGUACGUGACUUUUUGAUCAUGGGUUUUUGUACGUGGCCUAAUCACGUGACCUUAUGUAUGUGACUUUGUCUACGUUAUCUUAUGCCCAACACUGUUUAUGUAUGGUUUUAUGAUAUUUCAGGCUGUGAUGUAUUAUAAAUAUGUGUCUUAUGUAAAGUAUUAAAAUUCAGACUGUGGAAGGUGGAGUCAUUGCGAGCCAGUGGGCUGGAGAUAGUAAAACAGGAUAAAGUGCGCUAGUCAUUCGAGCCAGUGGGCUGGAGAUAGUAAAACAGGAUAAAGUGCGCCAGUCAUUCGAGCCAGUGGGCUGGAGAUAGUAAAACAGGAUAAAGUGCGCUAGUCAUUGCGAGCCAGUGGGCUGGAGAUAGUAAAACAGGAUAAAGUGCGCUAGUCAUUGCGAGCCAAUGACUAGCGCACGACCGUUAAGCGGUUGCACGAUAUGACGGUAAUUGUCAGACAAGACAGACAAGCUGUAGACUAACUAGGUGGACUGACUAGAAAGACUACAGACAAGCUGUAGACUAACUAGGUGGUCUGACUAGAAAGACUACAGACAAGUUGUAGAAUAAC